CAUGCCUGCUGCUCACCCUUCCUCUGCGAGUAAGUGGACAGCAGACCCAGGAUACAAAUACGAGACAUUAGCAGAGCAUUUGGCUGAGCAGACUCGGCGCUUGUCACAAGGCGAGAUGGGUGCCUGCUGCAGCUCUAGCGACAGGGUGGAGCCGUCCAGCCAGUCCCAGACGCAGCUUAAUCUGAGCAAAGGCAGCUAUGAUCCAGAGUCAGAGGGAAUUUCAAAGAACAGACAUUGCACAGACAUCUGUUUCCUGCUUUUAUUUACAGUAUUCAGCAUUGGACUGCUUGGACUUGUAGCAUACUGUGCAUUACAUGGAGAUAUUGACAGAGUAAUUAAAGGCUAUGAUGACUGUGGAUACAUCUGUGGCAAGGAAAAUAAACAAACCUCCUCAGUAUGUAGACAUACAGAUCUCAGAGAUAAAAAAUUUCUGGUGAUCAGACUUGGGCCUGAAAAGACUUGUGAACAAGUAUGUCCAAACAGCACUUAUCGUGUAUUCCUCUUAAAUCGAUGUAUACCUAUCAAACAAGAGAAACUGACAUCGCGGCUUGGAGUUGCAGAUUUUCUUCAAGAAGUCACAGAAGAUCUCGAAUUAUGUAAGAUGGAACUCCUCUACCUAUUCUUAAUUGCAUUUGGUUUCUCCAUAGUGAUAUUAAUAUUAUUCAGAUACUUGGUUGGAGUUAUGGUAUGGAUUGUGCUUAUUGCUGUGACACUAGUCAGUUUAGGAGGAACACUUUAUCUUUGGUUUAUUUGGAAGCAAGCGAAGGAUGGCUUGGCACAUACAAAAAAUGAUAAAGAUGCUGAAGGAAGAUCAGUAACAGCCUAUCUUGUUUAUGCCAUACUAGCAACAAUAGCAACUGUUAUCAUAUGUCUAAUUAUACUUGUGAUGAGGAAACGCAUUAAGCUGGUGAUUCAGCUGUUUCGUGAAGCUGGAAAAGCAGUUGCUAGCAUGCCGAUGUUGUUAUUUGAACCUCUCAUUACAUUUGUUAUGCUGGGGCUUGUGGUGGCAGCCUGGAUUUACUUUUGCCUUCUUAUUGAGAGUUCUGGAGAUCUCAAAGAGGGUGAAAACAAUAAAAUGUACUAUAAGAAGGAUGUUAUAAUGAAGGUGACAAGAUGGUACAAUCUGUUUGCAGUGCUGUGGUUUGCUCAGUUUUGCACCGGAUGUCAGCAUAUGGUUAUAGCUGGUGCUGUAGCAACAUGGUUUUUUACACGGAAUAAGCAGAACCUGGGCACACCAAUUAUACGAAGCUUUUGUAAUCUUGUGAGGUAUCAUCUAGGCUCAGUUGCUCUGGGUUCAUUGCUGAUUGCUAUUAUACAGAUGAUACGUAUAGUCCUAAAAUUCAUUCAGUCCAAAGUAAAAAAUCACAACAAUGCGAUAACAACAUGUAUAUUUAGGACUUGUCAAUGUUGUUUAUAUUGCUUUGAGAAAAUUCUUCAGUUUCUUACAAGGAAUGCCUAUAUUGAAAUAGCAAUACAUGGACACAGUUUCUGUAAAGCUGGGAAACAAGCUUUCAAACUUUUGGCGUCAAAUGCCUUAAGGGUUGCAGCUAUAAAUUCAGUUGGUGAUUUUGUAUUGUUCCUGGGAAAAGCAAUGGUUGUCAUAGCUACUGUGGUGUGUGGUGUGCAGAUGUUGAAGCACAAAGAUGGAAUUAUGCACUUGUGGGUGCCUCUUUCACUUGCGGGAGUGUUUGCAUACCUUGUAGCACACUGCUUCAUCACCGUCUACGAGAUGGCAAUAGACACAAUAUUUAUUUGUUUCUGUGAAGACUGUGAGCUCAAUGAUGGAAUUAACAGACCAUACUUCAUGAGCAGAGGUUUGAUGGAGUUUGUGCAGAACAGUAAAAAAGCUCUUGCAUUACUAAAUGAAAAACACAGACAAAGCCCCCAAGGUGAAGCCUGGAGUACUUCACCCAUCCGCACACCAAAUUAAGAUUUUUUAUGUGAAAAAUUACCAAAGGCCAACCUUAUUGCAAGGUGGUGAAAAGUGGAUUGUGAAGAGGGAAAAGAAUAUUAAUCCAUGAAUAUGAAGAUAUGUAGAUUGUUCUACAAUAUGAUGCAUUGCUGUAAAUUACCCAGUUACACAGAUAUUUUCUUAAUAUUUCACUAAGACACUGAUUGUUACUUUCAUUGUCACUUCCAUGUUAUCAUUUGAUAAGCCCUUAUGGCUCUUCAUUGCUGUUGACCUGCAGUGUUUUAAGCUCUUUUAUAAGUGUGUUUAUGUUGUGUUGUACAACAAAGAAAAUAGAUUAAGCAAAAAGGUUUUUGUGAGGAGCUAUUGUAUCUGCCUUUCUGCAGUUCAUAGUAAUAAUUUGGUAAAUAGGUAUUUAAACAGACAACAGCUAUAGAAACAUUAUUUAGAAGAAGAAACUUAUUUUUUUUGUUUUAUAUCUGAUUUAAAGGAUUAUUCAUUUUAGUUCUUGUAAGUUACAACAUUAUGACAUUAUCACAAUUUUUAAUUACUGCUGCACUAAGGCCAUAAAAAAGAAACACAAUAAGUGCCUUAAUUCUUUCUCAGGGAUGAUGUGAUUUGAUUCAAAAUAUAUGUGUAUGCAGAAUUAAUAUUUUCAAAGAUUUUAAGCAUUAAGUCUACUACUUAUCCUAGGCAUGUUCAGCACUGCCUUUCCAAGAACUCCAACUAAGAUUGACUGGUACUGUUAACAAUAUGCAACACUUUAGAGAAUCUUAUGCUGUGGAUACACUUUUAAGGGUCUGAUUAAAUAUAGAUAAUUUAGGAACAAAGGCACUUUGUGUAAAAUUGAUUUUAAUUUUGCAAAUGUUGGAGCAUUAGUUGUCUGGCAGCUUUCUGCCUUUCUUCUGCUUAUUCAUCUUGACCCUAUAUUUCUCCAGGAAACUCAUGUAUUAAUGCUAGAGCAUUUUAAAAAUAAAUUCUCAUAUUUGUUUUUUAUUUAUGUCAGUUAACUUUACAGACUUUUUUAUUCUCUUGAAACUAAUUAAAGAAGACUUUAGAAUUUGCUUUUUGUUUUUGUCGUUGUAUCUUCUAUCUACUCUGUCCACCUGUGAACACAUAAUUUGGUUUUCAGUCUAAACUAAGUGUGACCUGGAAAAUUUCUGAAAGAAUUUUCUUUCUUUCUUUCUUUCUUUUCUGUUGCUUGCAGCUGUGUCUGUUAACAUGAUUAAUGUUGGUCCAUUUUCAAUUCUUAUCUGUUCAGGUUGUCUUGUUUCUCUUCCAAAACAUUAAAUUUAAAGAAGAAGCCAUCAUUAAGCCUUGAUCUGAUACCUCGGUUUUUAGUGCAUGACUUUCAUCUGUGUUGACGAAUGUCACAUAAGUGAUAAAUCUAUAAGUUCCUUUUUUAGCUGUAAAUUUUUGUGAAAUUUUUUUGCAUAUCAACCUGUAUAGUGCCAUUGUCUUUCAGGUUGUAAUUAAUUUACAACCAGUCCAUAAUUAGCACACUGUGGUUUUAAUCUGUUUACAAGAUUUUAUCAGUUAUGUGAGAGAAAUAUAAUCUCAAACAAAAAUUACAGAGGUUUUAGAUGUGAAAAAUGGUAAGAAAUGGAAUUACAGAGACUCAGCGAACACACAAAAAAUUAUUUAACAUUUAAGUUAUCUUGGAAAAUGGAGCCUAGAAAGAGAAAGUAAGGUAAUGAGAGAGAGAGCAUUAUGAUUCCUGGAAGAAACAAUAAGAGACAGGAAAGAUAGGGCUCCUGUUCUUGGCCUUGGGAAUCCAAAUAUAAGUCCUUUUCUAUCACUCAGCUCUGCAUUUCUUGUCUCUCUCCAUCUUUCCCUUGAGAUCUCUUCCUAAUAAAUUGUAGUCCUGACAGCUCCUGUUUCAGAAUUUAUUUUUGAACAUAGCAUCUUUUGUGUUUAUAUUCAUAUUAGAGUUUACUCAUGGUAGUGCAUGAUUUGCGCACUCCAGUAAUUUCUUUUACCUUAGUUGUGCAAUAUUUCCAAUGUCAUUUUUCUUCAGAAGGCAAAUAACAAUUUCAAAUACUUGAACAUGCCUUUCUGAGUAAGCUUUGUAGGUAAGAAGUUAGCUUCCAUGAGGACAUUUCUUUUUUCCUUUCACUGUUUGGUUAUUUGUUAGUUUUUUAUGGUGUUUAUUGUAUUCAAGAUAAUGUGAGGCCAAUAUAUUUAAGAUAAUGUGAGGCCAAUGUUGUAUAUCUUUCUAAGUGUGUCUUCAUGUUCCACAUGUACAGGAAAACCAAAGGUGCAUUUUCAAAGUACUGUUUUUCAUUGAACUUUACUGUAUUUUUUUUAUAAAAUGAUUUACUAAUGUUUCAUUCCUAAACCCAUUUUCAAAAUGUCUUUUAUUUUGUACUAUUGCCAAUUUCAGUAUAUCUGUAUGGAAGUAUGUGUGGAAUUAAUCCAGAAAUCUGUGUGAGCUUUAUCAGGGAGAAUAGUGUCUGCUAAUUUCUAUACAGGUCUGAGUGUGAAGAGAAAUACAGUUUUGUGGAUUUGUGUGCUACAAUUAUUAUGUUACCAUCUGUAGAUGUUACUUUUAUAAGCAAUUUCCCAAACCAGCCUCUUUCAGUAUGCCAAGAGGAAGAGUUGUUAUUUGCAAUACCUGUAUUGGAGAGAAACUGAACUGUUUAAUCAAAAUAUUAAAUUACUUAGUUUUUAAGCUUCUCAUAUUGAGAGUAUAUUAUAUUUGUAUUACAUUUGUAAAAUUCUUGUACUUCCUGAAAUAAUUAUAUAUAUUUUCUUUUAUAAUAUGUCUUGUGUGCUGUUGGGUUAUUUCCUCCCUGAAAUUCCAGAAACAUUUCUACAAGUAAUUCUAUAUGAUAGCCUUUGUAUACCCCAUCCUCUCAAAUUAGGAUCUGAGCUACCCGCUCCACUUCUCC